UCCCCCAUGUCUGUGGUGAAGUCGAUCGAAUUAGUACUGCCCCAAGAUGCCAUCUACAGGGCUGGCUCUGACCUCAAAGGGCAGGUGAUUCUGACCCUCAACAGCACCCUGGUGGACCCCAUCGUGAGGGUGGAGCUCGUGGGAAGGGGUUACGUUGAGUGGAACGAAGAAACCGGGGCGUCCCGAGAUUACAGCCGAGAUGUGAUUUGCAACAACAAGGCUGACUACAUUCACAAAACAAAGACCUUUCCGAUAGAGGAUAAUUGGUUAAGUGCAGGCAGCCACACCUUUGACUUCCAUUUCAACUUACCUCCCAGGCUCCCUUCCACCUUCACCAGCAAAAUUGGCCACGUUUUCUACUUUGUGCAAGCUACCUGCAUGGGCCGGGAGCUCAUUUUAGCCAAGAAAAAGAUAUACUUAUUGGUCCAAGGGAUGUCGGACAUCGAGAAAGAAAGCUCCUUACAGGACCCGCUGUUGGUGGAGGCUGAGAAGAAGGUCGCCUACAGCUGCUGCAGCCAGGGCACCGUCCACUUGCAGAUCCACAUGGAGAAGAACACCUUCCCGCCGGGGGGCCGCAUCAGCUUCACAACGGAGAUCAACAACCAGACCAACAAGUGCAUCAAGACAGUCCUGUCCGCCCUCUACGCUCACGUGCAGUACGAGGGCUUCACGCCCAGCACCGAGCGGCGCACGCGCAUGGACAGCUGCGAGCUGCUGCGUCAGGAGGCCCACACCCACAUCACGCCCUUCAACACCACCAAGGUGGUCAGCACCUUCCACCUGCCCCCCGUGCUGCCCGUGAGCAGCUGCCGCCGCCGCCAGCCAGACAGCGAACUCAUGAGCACGCGCUACGAGCUGGUCAUCACUGUCCACCUGCCCUGGUCCCUGACCACCGUCAAGGCCAAGGUCCCCGUCAUCAUCUCCAGCUCCCAGCUGCCAGAGGCAGCAGCAGCAGGGAUCGCAGGAUUAAGUGCCCAAAGGUCUCAGAAUUAA